AUGACGACUCUGUCAACGGCUCGGGGUCGCGGGGCCCUUGCGGUCAGCACCGUCUUUACAUGUCUGGCCACCCUGUUAGUGAUUGUUCGCAUAUACACUCGCGCGGUGAUGGUGAAACGAAUGGGUGCCGAUGACUAUGUCAUUCUAGUUUCUUUGGCUUUCUCCUGGGUUUUUUUUGGUUUGUUUGUCGGCGAGGUUUAUCACGGAAUGGGCGAGCAUUUCAAAUUGAUCCCAGGUGCCAUCUUCAAAGUACAAAUGAUUUGUUUCUGGGCAUCUGUACCCAUCUACCAGACCAGCCUAUUCGCCACCAAGAUGUCAAUCCUUCUUCAAUACCGCCGAGUCUUCUCAACUCCCCGUAUGCGCCUCGCCUGUACCAUGCUCAUUGGCUUCCUCGUGGUCUACGGAACAUGGACCAUCGUCAGCGCCUGGGCAAACUGUGUGCCCUUGGCCAAGUUCUGGGAUCCAUCAGUCCCGGGAUUCUGCUUUGAUAAGAAGGCGCUCUGGUUCUCCAACUCGGCUGUCCACAUUACCACCGAUCUACUCAUUCUGAUCUACCCAAUGCCUGUCCUCAAAUCGCUCCAGCUUCCGAAGAGACAGAAACUUGCGCUUAUGGGCGUUUUUGCGCUCGGUGGAUUUGUGAUGAUUACCAGUAUCCUCCGUCUUCACAGUCUCUUGAUUAUUUCCAACUCCAGUGACCCAACUUAUGACAACGUCGGAGCCGCCGAAUGGUCCGCGAUUGAAUGCAACGUUGCCAUCAUCUGCGCCUGUCUCCCCAGCACAAAACCCAUGCUCUCCAAGCUGCUCCCCCACGUUUUCUCUACCCGCAGCAACGGCUACCGUAGCAAGACGACCCGGCCCUCCCGAACCGGCCGUAGCGCCCUUGGAACUGGCACACACACCCAAAUCCAAGCGUCCGUCAUCGGAAGUCGCGAGCCGAAACAAGACGAAUACGAUCUGGAUGAACUGACGCCCCCUGGCUCUGUCCGCAGCUACAACAAAGAGCAACAGGAGUCCAAAGAGGCCUUUUCAGGAAUUAAAGUGACGACGCUCGUCGAACAGGAGUCGACGUCGCAUCCGGCUCGGUUUGCUAAUGAUGAUACGGGGAGCACAAAGGGACUUGUGCAUAAGCAGAGCUUUUGA